UUGAUAUAGCUCCUUUUUCCCUCCGUAUUGGACUGGGGCGAAUUGGCGGGACACUGCCUUAACCCCCGCGUUCCUCUGCUGCAUUCGCACGCUCUUUCUUCCUCGCCAUGGGGAAGCCAAAGCAGCAGACCAUCUCUCGCUUCUUCGCCCCCAAACCACUACCUCCAUCCCCUUCUUCUCCUCCUCCUCCUCCUCCUCCGCCGCCGCCGCCUCCGCCUUCCAGAUCCUCCCCCAAAAUCUCUGCCACCGUCUCCCUCUCCCCCUCCGCCAAGCGCCGCCUCCAAUCUCUAUCCUCUUCCCCGAACCCCAAGAAGAACAAACCGUCCUCCUCGGCCUCCAAUGCCCUCGUCCCCGUCCCCUCCUCCACUCCCGACCUUCACCGCCGCUUCCUCUCCAAGCUCCUCGUCCCCGCUUCGUCCCCGCCUCGCAAAUCUCUUCCUCAAAACCCUACUUAUACCCCCCUCGAGCUACAGGUCGUCGACCUCAGAUCCAAGCACCCCGACGUUGUCCUCAUGUUCGAAGUCGGCUACAGGUACCGCUUCUUCGGCCAGGACGCCGAGAUCGCCGCUCGCGUCCUCGGCAUCUUCGCCCACGUCGACCACAACUUCCUCACCGCCAGCAUCCCCAGCUUCCGCCUCCACUUCCACGUCCGCCGCCUCGUCGCGGCGGGGCACAAAGUCGGCGUCAUCAAGCAGACUGAGACCGCCGCGAUCAAGGCUCACGGGGCCAACCGGGUCGGGCCAUUCUCACGGGGGCUAUCGGCGUUGUACACGAGGUCGACGAUUGAGGCGGCGGAGGACAUGGAGGGUGGGAGCGGGCCGGAGAUCGGUGGUUCCGGGAGCAAUUUCCUUGCUUGCGUCGUUGAAAAGGAGCUGGUGCCGGAUCAUGAGGGGAGGUUUUGUGUGAAGGUUGCACUUGUUGCGGUCGAUGUCUCCACAGGAGAUGUUGUUCAUGGGGAGUUUGAUGACAAUUCGAUAAGAACGGGGCUUGAGGCAAUGUUGAUUAGUUUGUCUCCUAAUGAGAUGCUGUUAGGAGAACCUCUUUCCUCAGUGACGGAGAAGCUGGUACUAGCUUAUUCUGGAUCUACAUCAAACAUUCGAGUUGAGCGCACCUCACGUGAUUGUUAUAGCAAUGGUGGCGCACUUGCUGAAGUAAUGUCUCUUUAUGAAAACAAAGAUGACAAUGUUCUGGUUCCUGUGAAUGAUACUGAAGAUAGUGAUAUAAGAGGGGAAGGAUGCCAUUUUCCUACAAUAAAGGAAAUUAUGUCCUUGCCUGAACUAUCAAUUCAAGCAUUGGCAUUAACCAUCCGUUAUUUAAGAAAUUUUGGAUUGGAGAGGAUACUCGGCCCCACUGCUUCCUUUAGGGCCAUUUCUAGCAAGUUUGAGAUGACUUUAUCAGCAAAUACACUUCAUCAGCUUGAGGUUUUGGCAAACAACUGUGAUGGCUCUCUUCAAGGUUCCCUUUUUCAAGUUAUGAAUCACGCUCUUACUGCAUUUGGAUCAAGGCUUUUCAGACACUGGGUCACUCAUCCAUUAUGCGAUAGGAAUUUGAUACUAGCUCGUCUUGAUUCUGUUUCUGAGAUAGCUGAAUCAAUGGGCCUGUGCAUGGGGCCAAAGCUUGAAAGUGAAUUAGCAACUGAGAAAUAUUCUGAUGCUCUUAAGCAAUCUGAGAUUGCUGAGGUUAUAUCUUCAGUUUUAACAAUGCUUGGGAAGUCACCUGAUGUUCAGCGGGGAAUUUCCAGAAUUUUUCACCGGACUUCUACAGCUGCUGAGUUUAUUAGGGUUAUCCAUGCUUUGCUUACCUCUGGGAAGCAGUUACAGAAGCUUGUUUUGGAGACUGAUGCUGGAGAAACUCAACCAAGUGUCAAAUCUGCUUUACUCAGAAGACUGAUCUAUUCUGCUUCUUCACCUGCUGUAAUGGCUAUAGCUGUUAAACUUUUAUCUUCUCUAAAUAAGGAUGCAGCAGAUCAAGGUGAUAUGUUGAAUUUGUUUAUUUCUUGCACGGAUCAAUUUCCUGAGAUCUGUAGUGGCCGUAUGGCUGUUCAGAUGGCUGAAAAGAAGUUGGAUUUACUCAUUGUUCAGUACCGGAAGCAGCUUGGAAUGCAAAAAUUAGAGUUUAUGAGUGUGUCUGGGAAGACACAUCUAAUAGAGCUGUCAGAAGAUAAAAAGGCUCCUUCAAAUUGGGUUAAGGUUAGUAGUACCAAAAAAACCACACGAUAUCACCCCCCUGAAGUGCUGGCAGGCUUGGAUGAAUUGUUGCUUGCCAAGGAAGAAUUUUCUGUUGUUUGUCGGGCCACAUGGGACAAAUUCUUGAUGAAAUUUGGCAAAUACUAUGCUCAGUUUCAAACAGUUGUGCAAGCUCUGGCUGCAUUGGACUGCUUGCAUUCACUUGCCAUUGUCUCCAGAAAUGAGAAUUUUGUGCGACCAGUUUUUGUUGGCGAUGACGAACCAAAUCAAAUUCACAUCUCUUUGGGUCGUCAUCCAGUUUUGUGGUCAACUCUGGGAGACAACUAUGUUCCAAAUGAUACGAAGUUGCAUGUAGAUAGGGAGUACUGUCAAAUUAUUACCGGGCCAAAUAUGGGUGGGAAAAGUUCUUAUAUUCGGCAAGUUGCCCUUAUAGCAAUUAUGGCUCAGGUUGGUUCCUAUGUACCGGCAACUUCAGCAAAGCUGCACGUACUGGAUGGGAUUUACACUCGUAUGGGGGCAUCAGACAGCAUCCAGCAAGGUAAAAGUACAUUUUUUGAGGAAUUAGCUGAGACAUCUCACAUACUACACAAGUGUUCAUCACGCUCUCUAGUCAUCAUUGAUGAACUUGGUCGAGGCACAAGUACGUAUGAUGGCGUUGCAAUUGCUUAUGCUACAUUACAUAGGCUUCUUAAUUGGAAGAAAUGCAUGGUCCUUUUCGUCACUCAUUACCCGAAAAUUGUGGACAUCCAGAAAGAGUUUCAAGGCUCAGUUGGUGCAUACCAUGUUUCCUAUCUCGCAUCUAAAAACCCUCUUGACAUAACUGAUUCUGAAACAAUAUCAUGCGGUGAGGGGCUGAGCCUUGAAGAGGUUACUUUUCUGUACAAACUUGUGCCUGGUGCAUUGGAUAAGAGCUUUGCUCUUAACGUUGCAAAGCUAGCCCAGCUACCAAGUUCAUGCAUAGCACGAGCUGCUAUCCUGGCUGCGAAGAUGGAAGAGGAGAUGAACACACGGUUGAAAAAUCAAGCAAGAAACACAAUUUCAAUCUCAUCUCAGGAUGAAAUAAAUACUGACUCUAAACCAUUGGAGUUAUGUGAAGAUCAAGCUUUUACUGAUCUCAAAGAAACAUGUCGCGAACUGUUGUUGCACAUAGAAUCUGCCUUAAAUGAUACUGAACCGGCGAAUAAGUUAUGUUCACUGAAACAUGCGAGGGAGAUUGCAACGAAGGUGAUAAAACAAUAGCUCAUUGCCCGAAACAUAAAAUCAAAUCGUUGUCCGCAAGAGUUCUUCCAAUUCCAAGCAAAAACAAUUAAUUGGCUUCAUCAGUGCGGUUGAUUGUUCAAGGGUGCUGAAGCUUGUGAUGGUUGCCAGUAAAUUAAUAUUUUGUAAAGAGGGAAAUUUGUAAUUAGUUUCUUUACUACCCUAAUCUCUUAUCACCACAUCUCCUGAAUUUUGUAAAACCUAAACCACAAAGAAAAAUAUUCACAUCUAAAAUUUUGUAAAA